AUGGAUUAUCAUUUAUCGGCUACAGCAGAAGAAAGAAUUUUUCUUUGUGGAUAUAAUCGGGUACGAAGAUACGGCACAACUCAACGGGUUUCUCACAACAAACCUGUGCAAUUAAUUGAGCACAUAACACAGUCAGAAGAUACAAUUCCUGGCUUAGCCCUGCGCUACAACAGUUCAAUUACUGAUAUCAAACGAAUCAAUAAACUUUGGUCGAACGAAAGCCUAUUUCUCAAAAAGAGCAUAAUGAUUCCUGUACAACCAGAUUCUCCAUCGGUGAAAUAUCGUUUAAAACCAUAUACACCCGUUGCUCCAGAUAUCAAGUCCACAAAACCUCCUCCAUCAACAGAAAAAGAGAUUAGUAUGCGAGAUAUACUUAGCCGGAUAGACUCUUCAAUACAAAAUACAUCAAAAACCGUUAAUAAACUCGAGAAGGAAAGCAGUGUGUCGUUCGCUGAUGGUUUUCCUUCUACCUGCUCACCAACAAAUAAAAGGCAUAAUUCACUUAAAAAUAUGAAUUUGUAUGAAUAUGAGCGGUAUCAA